AGAGGAGCAAGUGGCUGUCGAGGCAGCUCGCAGUGAUGUAGCAGCAAAGCUUGGCAGGAUCAUGUCGCAACACUCGCAAUGCUUCGAAAAGAAGCUUGGACGGGCCGGCCAUUUGUUCGCUUAACACCAGCUGGUGAGGCUAGCCGAGGAAGAGAGAAAGGCAUACUAGUCUUGCCACAGAGAAGGCCUUCGGUGGAAUGCGCUUACCUGGCACUGUUGGUCUUGGGCAACCACUUGCCCAGAAAAUUGGAUCACAAAGAGGUGCAUGCCAAUCAGCAGGGGCUUUGGGUACGCAAGAGCCGCUCUGUAUCAGAAGGUUCUGCAUGUUUGAUCAUCGAGACUGAAGCACCACCAGAUCAUCUAGACAAAAUGAAAGAGAGGUGCUUUGACGAUCUGCCGCAGAUUUUGCGAGGAGCUACAAGCUUGCUCGACUUGCCAGAAUUGGAAGAUCACUUGCACUUGAGUGGAGAAAUCAGAUCUGCAUGCAGUGAGCAUGCAAGACUUGGACCUUUGGUUCAAAACCUUUGCUCCAUCAUCGCAUCGCACUACAGUCGAUUCCAGUCGGAGGAUGCAGAGAGCUCCGUGGGUUUCUUGGGGGGUGAUGUACCUGGUCUUUUGAGUGAUAUACCUUUGGCUGCAGCUCUGUUAACCUCCACCUGGUGGAGAGCUCAAAUUUUGAGCGAUGCAGGCGAAAGACGGCUCUCCCAGUUGCAGGGCCCUUUGAAAGGACGCGAUUUGGUCCUUUGGUGGCUGAUGAAAGUCAUGGCGCAUGAACGGACGUCAUUUGCCUUCAAACUUGCUUGCGAUGACCUGACACAUGAGUUGCACCUUGAAGAGCUGGAAACGAUUCCACAUGACUUGCUGCCAGCAUUGUCCAAGGCAUGUCCACCGGCGAAUCAACCAACCUUUGCAUCUCCGAUGACCGCAGAGCAGCAAGCGCAUUUGGCCGAGAAGCGGGCUGAGGCGCUGCGACUGAAAGAGUCAUUGAUAGAAGCUGUCAAAUCGCGAGAUGUGGCAUUGGUGAGGGAACUCGUGCUUAAGGGUGCGCCUGUAGACACAACAAUUCGCCUCAGAGCUACCCGUGGACUACCAAAGGGGACUGGGUUUUCAGCAGCUGGAGCCGGCAGUCAGAGGUGGGUUGAAGUAAGCUUGCUACACUUGGCAAUGUCCGUUUGCAUUCAAGAGCCAGAAUCAGCAACUCAUCCAGCGCAUAAGAUUGCAGAAGAUCUGGGUAUGACCUUUUCUCGCCAGGCCUUUAGGCCCUGCUUUGGUGGAAGUAUGCUUGAAGUUUUCCAAUCUGCCCAGAUGAACUUGGAUUCUUCUGACUCCGACGGUUUGUCUCCAAUUUUCUAUGCUGCCAUGUGUGGCAACACUUGCUGCCUGCAGCACUUGCUUGAAUCAGGGGGCACUUCACUUCUCGAGCAUCGUGACAACUACGGACGUAACAUCUUGUACUGGGCGGUGGCGAACAACCAGCCUUCAACAGUUGAAUGGAUUUUGGCCAAUGCAUCGGGACGAAUCACCGUCGACGAUGCAAAUGUAGAGGGCCAAACUGCGUUGGCGAAGGCUGCGUGGUGCGACUUGCCAGAAAUUGCGAAGAUCCUUCUGGCACACCGGGCUGACCCGACCAUUACAGACAAGCACGGCCGGCAUGCGCUUCACAAAGCAGCUUGGGGGCCAGAUGGAGGCCGAAAUGGUGUGAAAGUGGUGGGUGGACAAGAGGUGGGUGGCAGCCCCCAGUGUGUGGAGCUUUUCCUCAGGGCAGACUUUUUGCGAAGUAUCGCCGUACGCGAUGUCUACGGAGCUACGCCUGUCCAGGUUGCUUCCACAAGCGGAGCUGUGGAAGCAUUAGAUUUGUUACUUCAGACGCAGGAGGGUCGGGCAGAAGCUACAGCAGCUUUGGCUGCGACAGCGUUUAGAGGUCAGCAGGAAUGCUUAAAGUUGCUGUUGGACGCCAAAGCAGAUUUGUAUCAAUGCAACCCACUUGGGUUUUCAGCCUUUGAUUGUGCAGUUGCGGGAGAAAGUGCCAGUGGGCUGGGCGAACUGCUCACGCGGCUCCUGAAAGAGGAACCACUUUCCGGCAGUGCCUUAAAGUUGUUGGAGAGUGCUAUGAAUUGUGCUUGCAGGCUAAGAAACAGCGUGCUUUUGGAGAUGUUGCUGUCUGUUGAAGAAACCCGUGAUUUUCUACACCAGGAGUUUGUGGCUCUUUGCGUACAAGCCACCCUAGACAAGGACUUGGAGCCGCCAAAAGCUUGGCCACCGUUCGCAGCCUCUCCAAAAAUGCCCAUCAAAUGGACGAACAGCCAAGCUCUGGUGGCUUUAAAUUCCUUUGGCCCUGCAUCUGAGGAGGAUCUUAAGAAGUUGAAGCGUUGCUGUGUCUUGUUACUGAAGGCUGGGGCGCCUGUAAGUUCUGCGACCUUGGCUCUGACCAUUCGAAACCAUCUGGGAAGUGACCUGAGCUUCCUCGAGAUGCUCACGGGCCAGAUGCUUCGCUUCAAUCCGGAAAUCCAUCAGCUUUCCUGGCCCCUUGUGGCAGCCAUUCAGACGCAUCAUAGGCCUGCAGUGCAAAGUUUGCUGGACCAUGCAGCUGAUCCAACCUCGGAAGAUGGUUUUCCCAUCGCACUAGCAGCAGCUUUGGGGCACAGUGACAUCAUGGCAUGGUUUCUGGGCAGUUGCCCUUCAUGCAAGCUGCUGUGUCGAGAAGAGUUUUCUUCGCCUCUGCCGUGGACCACCAUUGCGGACAAGAGUGGCACGUUGUGCGGGCAGAUGGUACCACUCCAAGUGGUGGCCGCUCGUUUCGGCCAUCAAGAGUGCAUGGCCUUGGUCGAUUCUGCCGCUCGUGGUCUGGCGCCGACCACAGCAGGGCCCGAUUCUUGCUUGAGAGAAGGUCAGCUACUGAAGGCGAGAGGAACAAGUUUGGCGCCCAGAGUGAUGUCAUUCAGAGUAGAGGAGAGGGAGGAGGCAUCAGCUACAUCAGCCUCACAAGCGGAGAAUGACGGCUUCAGCUCCUUCUGCCAACUCAUCCAAAUCUGGGAGAGACGACGCUUUGACGCGGAUCCGGCACCUUUGCCCUCCAGAAUCCACUUUGUCAGCACUUCCGGCGAGGCCUUCGCUGCGAUCGAGACUCUCCGGGCAGAUCUGCAUGGCCGUGCUGUGCUCGGAGUGGACGUAGAAUGCUACCGGGACGUUAUUUGCACGGUGCAGCUGUCUUCUGGGGUUCACCACUUUGUCCUUGAUGGCUUGGUCCUUCAUCAGGAAAUGUCUUCAAUCCUGGGAUUCCUAGCGGAGCCUGAUAUCAUAAAAGUGUUUCACAGUCCACGGAAUGACUUAAGGUGGCUGCGCAUAAAUUUCGACAUUUCUCCUUGCAAUAUCUUUGACACGGCCUCUGCUGCAAUGAAGCUCAAUUCAGUGUUUACCACUACCCCGAGCCUGAAAGAGCUGAGUAUGCAGCUGCUUCAUGUGCAACUGGACAAACGCUAUCAGCAAGCAGACUGGCGACUGCGACCUUUAACCCCAGAGAUGCUUCAGUAUGCAGCAACCGAUGCUUCAGUGCUGGUUCCCCUUUUCCAGCGAUUUUGCUGCUUGCUGUGGCUUUGUUGAUUCACGGAGAGCUUUUCUUGGGCCAGUGGUUCAGGCGUUUGUAUUGUGCUCUCGUGCUAUGACACUGGGUGACAAUUGCUCAAUGGACAAAUACUUCUCUAAGUUGAACUUACUGUAGUACAACAAAAAGCUUUUUGUUGGUCGCAUCGGUGUGUCGGUAGCUACAGCAAGCACUGCUUGGCUUACUAUCUUGACACCUUAGCAGCUUCCAUGCACCUAGCUUCAAUCGCCCAGGUCGCCGGAUGAACUUCAAGACUCCUGGAGCGCUACAAACAAGCUAAAUUACAAGACCGAACUGCCCUUGCUACGUGUGACCUUGGAUGGGUUCCAAUUUCAGCAUUCGGAGUCGCCCCUCACCUCAAGUUGAACAAGUCACUAUACAAAUGGGACGUGGCCAAAGUACACAAAGG